AUGCUCGCGGCUGAAUGUGCUUUACUUGUUGUCUCGCUUUUGAUCGCCUGUUGCCAUGCUGAAGAAGCAAAGGCAGAAGGUGGCUCUGGAGAUGAAGAGGUUGAAGCAAAAGGUAGAACAUUUGGCUUAAACAGCACCAAUAAUAUGACACAUUUCACCUAUGGAAUUGUGGCAAACUUGGCUGCUAUGCUGCUGUACGGAAGCAACUUUGUUCCAGUUAAACGAGUAGAGACGGGAGAUGGAAUGUUUUUCCAGUGGGUGUAUUGCGCAGCCAUCUGGUCGGUGGCCAUGGUCGGUGACGUGAUGCUCCACUCUCCCAAAUUCUAUCCUUUGGCAAUGCUCGGCGGGGUCAUCUGGGCUACAGGCAGCGUGAUGGCCGUUCCAAUCGUCAAAGCCAUUGGUCUCAGCCUGGGGGUUUUAAUCUGGGGCUCGUCCAGUCUGCUGAUUGGCUGGGCCACUCCAAGGUUCGGCUGGUUCGGCAUUCCUGCUGAGGAUGUCUUGCGACCGAUGUUAAAUUACUGUGGAGUCGGAUUGUGUCUGUUAAGCAGUUUCAUAUUUUUCUUCGUGAAAACCGAUCUGCAGCAGAAUCUCAAUCCUGAAAGUGUACCUUUACUCAUCGACAGGGUCAGUACAUGUUGUUCAUGCUAUGGCCUAUCUUUACCCAAGUUCUGGAUCGAUUCUGUGAGACCCAGCCGCCGACGAUUAAUAGGCUGCCUGUUGGCUAUGGUGUCGGGAGUGUUGUAUGGAUCUUCCUUCACGCCGAUGCUCUACAUAAAGAGCCAUUCAUCGCGCCAUGACAGCAUGUUCCAUGGAGCCAGCCUUUACGACUUGGAUUACGUCUAUGCGCAAUGUUGUGGGAUAUUUGUGGCCAGCACGGUGUAUUUCAUCAUUUAUUGUGUCGCCAUGAAGAGCAGGCCAAGGCUCUACUCCAGGGUAAUUCUCCCAGGGCUUUUUUCUGGAUCGAUGUGGGCAUUGGCCACGUACUGCUGGGUCUUGGCCAACAAUUACUUGAGCGUUGUGGUCACAUGUCCUAUGGUGACGGCGGGAUACAGCCUGGUUGCGGCACUCUGGGGAAGCCUUGUGUUCAAAGAGAUUAAGGGUUUAGUGAACUGCUUAAUCUUCUCCCUGGCAUCCUCCAUGGUAUUAAUGGGCUCCUUGUUGACAGCAAUCUCCAAUCUAUAG